ACCCGAGCAACAGCAGCAGCAACAGCAGCAACAGCAGCAGCAACAGCAGCAACAGCAGCAGCAACAGCGGCAGCAACAGCAGCAGCACACUUGCAACGACAAAGACACCGACGGCUGUAGCAGCAGCAGCAGAAACAACAACAACAAUAACGACGGAAACCGCAGCGGCGACAGCAGCAGCAGCAGCAAGAGCAGCAGCAAUAACAGCAUCUGCAGCAACAACAGCGACAACAGCAGCAGCAGCAACAGCAGCGGCAACAGCAACAACAACAGCAACAAUAGCACUAGCGGCGGCAAUAGUAGCAGCGAUAACAGCAGCAGCAACAAAGACAACAGCAGAACCCGCAUGAACUGCAGCAGCAACAAGGGCAAGAGCAGCAGCAGCAACACCAGCAGCAACAGCAGCUGCAGCAGCAAGGACACCACGAUGAGGUGGUGUUUUACCGUCUGUACAUGA